AUGUCGCAGAAAUUAGGCCAUACUGGGUUGGCCUUUGCCCGCACCUGGCAUCAUGUCGACUUGACCAAAGAACCAAGGUCCUUGGGUAGACUGGCCACGAAUAUCGCUACCACACUCAUGGGCAAGCAUAAACCUGUCUAUCAUCAAAGUCAAGAUAUGGGCGAUUAUGUCGUCGUGACAAACUGCCAGCAUUUGAAAGUUACAGGUAACAAGUUGAAACAGAAACAAUAUUGGAAACAUACAGGUAGGCCAGGGUCUCUUCAAUUGAAACCCAUGGAAACCGUAAUAAAAGAAAAGGGAUACGGCGAAAUAUUACGCAAGGCCGUGCAUGGGAUGUUGCCAAGAAAUAGACUAAGAAAAAUUAGAUUGGAAAGAUUGAAAGUGUUUGAUGGUAGUGAACAUCCUUAUAAGAAUAAUAUUCUUGCAUUUGCAUACGAACAAAAGACUUUGAAAAAAGAUUAA